UUUACUUUUAUACGUAAGAUAUAUUUAUAUGCAAUUGUAUUUUUAUCGUAAGUGUGCAAUAUCCUAAAGUACAUUUUCACCCGGAUAGAGAUCGGUGCAAUUAAAUAAAUUUGAACUUUCUUCCAUACGGGGUAGCAUAGAUUUAGCAUCGCACAAUCCGGUUCAUGAACUCCAACCUAACCUCCGUUAACCAUUGCCAUGUCAGCAGUAUUUCGAAUAACUGUAAAUAAAUGUACCGAAGAUUGACUUUACGUACUUACAAUUUUAUGAAUGGUUAUUAAUUGUAUAAUAAAUGUAUUAAAGCCCUUUGAGGAGUAAUUACAUUACUGGAGAAAAGGGCGUACCUUACAACGUUGAUCGAUUUGUGGAACACCUGUUACCUUAUAAUGAUACAUCGGUGAUGACAAGUUUUCCCAACAUUUUCUGAUUUAACAGGUAAAAUAAUGGAUGAUGACAAGAAAUCGAGUGUGCGUCUGCCUAAAAACGCUGAUCGAACAAACAACCCUGCUGAGGAAAAUGGAAAAAGGGACAGGAACUGGUGGUUAUUGUUUGGGACUAUUAUGUUUUUUACGAUAUGUACUAGAUUUUAUAAUGUGACAGAACCGAGGCAUGUCUGCCUGUGCUUUAGUUGGGACGAGACACAUUUUGGAAAAAUGGGAAGUUGGUACAUUAACAGAACAUUCUUUUUUGACGUUCAUCCUCCUCUUGGAAAAAUGCUUAUUGCGUUGUCAGGGUAUUUAACAGGAUAUGACGGAACUUUCCCAUUUGAAAAGCCAGGAGAUAAAUAUGAGAAUGUUCAAUAUGCUGGGAUGAGAAUCUUCUGCACAUUUUUAGGUGCAACGAUAGUUCCCUUAUCAUUUCUUACAGUAUGGGACCUUACCAAGUCUACAUCCUCGGCUACAUUUUCUGCUUUGUUUAUUUUGUGUGAUGUAGGUUUAUUGACGUUGAACCGAUACAUCCUUCUGGAUCCAAUACUGUUAUGCUUCAUGAUGUGUGCAGCAUGGGGAAUGGCUCGCAUUGGUUCUCUGAAAGAUCAGCCAUUUACUCCAUCUUGGUGGUGCUGGUUGUUGUUUACAGGUGUUUCUCUGGCUUGUACCAUGAGUGUAAAAUUUGUCGGCCUGUUUAUUGUUUUACUUGUUGGUCUUUAUACAGUCAGUGAAUUAUGGAGAGAACUUGGAGAAUUAACAAAACCCAUUACUUAUGUAGGAAAACAUUUAAUGGCCAGAUGUCUGUGCCUAAUUGUUUUACCUAUACUUCUUUACAUGCUGUUCUUUUACAUUCACCUGUCCAUCUUAAAUAAAAGUGGGAGUGGCGAUGGAUUUUACAGUUCAGAAUUUCAAUCUCUGUUGGAAGGAAAUUCAUUGUACAAUGCAACGAUGCCUCGACAACUCGCUUAUGGUGCUAAAAUCACCUUAAAAAAUCAUCGUACUGGUGGUGGAUACUUGCACUCGCACUGGCACCUCUAUCCAGAAGGUAUUGGUGCUCGUCAACAACAGAUAACAACAUAUUCCCACAAAGACGACAACAAUUUAUGGAUGGUUAAAAAAUAUGAUACCGAAGAUAUACCCUCGGAACCACACCUUGUAAAGCAUGGAGACUUGGUUCGUUUAGAGCACGUUAUCACCGGACGUAAUUUACAUUCCCAUAAAGAAGUUGCCCCGGUAUCCAAAAAGCAUUAUCAAGUUACAGGGUAUGGUGAGGAAGGUGUAGGUGAUGCCAACGAUGUAUGGAAAAUCGUAAUACUAAAUGGCAAGGAAGGUGACAUCGUUGAAACAGUAACAAGCAAGUUGAAAUUUGUUCAUUACCUCCAUCAUUGCGUAUUGACAUGUAGUGGAAAAACGUUGCCAAACUGGGCCUAUAAUCAGCAAGAAGUAUCUUGCAAUCCCAACAUGCGAGAUAAAAAUUCACUGUGGAAUAUCGAGGACAAUAACUAUGCAAAGCUGCCAAAUGUCAGUUUUCAAGUGUACGCCCCAGGAUUUCUGCAUAGAUUCUUGGAAUCGCAUGCAGUCAUGCUUCAAGGGAAUUCUGACUUAAAAGUGAAAGAAGGAGAAGUUUCAUCGAAACCGUGGCAAUGGCCACUAAAUUAUAGGGGUCAGUUUUUCUCUGGCUAUAACCAUAGGAUUUAUUUGCUGGGUAAUCCGAUAAUAUGGUGGGGAAACAUCGUCUUUCUUUUGUUGUUCAUAAUCGUGUAUAUGCAUGCCGCCGUGCUAGAACAAAGAGGAUAUUCUGAUGAUCCAAUCGUUAAAUUUCGUCGGAAAAGAAUUAUGCAUGCCGGAAGUUGGUUAUUCAUGGGUUGGAUCUUGCAUUAUGUACCCUUCUGGGGGAUGGGUCGUGUGCUCUACUUCCAUCAUUACUUUCCGGCCGUGCUCUUCAGCUCGAUGUUGUCUGGAGUAACUCUAAACUACACCCUAGAAGGGCUACAGCUAAUAUUUCCAGGAAGAUUAGGACAGACACUGUACCACACGAUAAUUGGAGUCGUUAUAUCAAGUGUAGGGUACAGUUUCUACCUCUUUUCACCUCUGGCAUACGGAAUGGAUGGCCCAACCGCCUCAGAUCCAGAGAGUCCGCUGCAUUCGUUACGUUGGAUGGACACAUGGGAGUUCUGAAUUACCCUACGAUCCAUAAUUAAUAUUAAAGAUAGAGUACUUCCACAUACUAUACCACAAACGAAGAGACUGAUAUUCCGUCCAAUUUCCAAGAAGUUUAAAUAUUAACAAAUCUGGAGAUGUAAUAUUAAGGAAUCUGUCCUCUGAGAUAAGAGCGUACUAAUCCCAUUGUUACCUUAGCCCUAUUUUUAUUUGACCUAUUUAUUCAUAUUCGAUAUUUGUACCUUUAUACUUCACCGUUAUAUAUCGUACUAAUAAACACAUAUAUUCCCUCU